UGUUGGGUGGUUCUGGGAGUGCCAGGGGAGGAGAUGCCCUGGGAUGGGAAGGAGCCCAGCCCUCCUGCGGCAGGAGACUCAUUACCCCAUCCUGGACCCUGUCUGCAGAUCGAGCGAGGAAGAUGUCGAGCCCGGGUGUGGACGGCGACCCCAAGCCUCCAUGCUUGCCUCGAAAUGGCCUGGUAAAGCUGCCGGGCCAGCCCAACGGCCUGGGUGCAGCCAGUAUCACCAAGGGCACACCAGCUGCCAAGAACCGGCCCUGCCAGCCACCACCCCCACCCACCCUCCCACCGCCCAGCCUGGCUGCCCCACUGCCACGGGCUGCCCUAGCUGGGGGCCUGUGCCCCCCGGCAGGGCUCCCCCUUGGUGGACCAGCCUCAGUCCCAGUUCCUGGGCCCCCAGUGGAGCGGCCACCACUGGCCACAGAUGAAAAGAUCCUCAAUGGCCUCUUCUGGUACUUCUCGGCCUGUGAGAAGUGCGUGCUGGCCCAGGUGUGCAAGGCCUGGCGGCGUGUGCUCUACCAGCCCAAGUUCUGGGCGGGCCUCACACCUGUGCUGCACGCCAAGGAGCUGUACAACGUGUUGCCUGGUGGCGAGAAGGAGUUUGUGAACCUGCAGGGCUUCGCUGCGCGUGGUUUUGAGGGCUUCUGCCUGGUUGGUGUCUCCGACCUGGACAUCUGUGAGUUCAUCGACAACUACUCCCUCUCUAAGAAGGGCGUCAAGGCCAUGAGCCUCAAGCGCUCCACCAUCACCGAUGCCGGCCUGGAGGUGAUGCUGGAGCAGAUGCAGGGGGUCGUGCGCCUGGAGCUGUCAGGCUGCAACGACUUCACCGAGGCGGGGCUGUGGUCCAGCCUGAGCGCCCGGAUCACCUCGCUGAGCGUGAGCGACUGCAUCAACGUGGCCGACGACGCCAUUGCGGCCAUCUCGCAGCUGCUGCCCAACCUGGCCGAGCUGAGCUUGCAGGCCUACCACGUGACGGACACGGCGCUGGCCUACUUCACAGCACGCCAGGGCCACAGCACGCACACGCUGCGUCUGCUCUCCUGCUGGGAGAUCACCAACCACGGCGUGGUCAACGUGGUGCACAGCCUGCCCAACCUCACCGCGCUCAGCCUCUCCGGCUGCUCCAAGGUCACCGACGACGGCGUCGAGCUCGUGGCCGAAAACCUGCGCAAGCUGCGCAGCCUUGACCUUUCGUGGUGCCCGCGCAUCACCGACAUGGCGCUCGAGUACGUGGCCUGCGACUUGCACCGCCUGGAGGAGCUGGUGCUGGACAGGUGUGUACGCAUCACGGAUACUGGCCUCAGCUACUUGUCCACCAUGUCGUCCCUCCGCAGCCUCUACCUGCGAUGGUGCUGCCAGGUGCAGGACUUCGGGCUGAAGCACCUCCUGGCCAUGAGGAGUUUGCGGCUCUUGUCUCUGGCAGGCUGCCCGCUGCUGACCACCACGGGGCUGUCGGGCCUGGUGCAGCUGCAGGAGCUGGAGGAGCUAGAGCUGACCAACUGCCCCGGGGCCACCCCCGAGCUCUUCAAGUACUUCUCGCAGCACCUGCCCCGCUGUCUCGUCAUCGAGUAGCGCGGGCCUCCCCGCCCCCGGCGCAGGAA